AUGUCUACUGCAUCCUCGCAUUCUUCCUAUUCCUCGCCCUAUUGGAGUGAGCGUGGUGAACAUCGUACAAGUGGAGAUAGUGAAAUAUCAUCAGUCUCUGUUAUUCAUUCCCCAUUACCGGAUGAAAGAGGAAUAUUAUCAGGCCCCGUGAUGCCUCCUUUUGGUGAUCCACCAUGGGAUGAUUUAUUAAAAAUGAUCUCUAAGGAUAUUUGCAAUAGACGUUUAACAAAAUUUAUAACAACACCAAAAUUGGGCAUAGAAAUAUUAAAUUUUGAUGAAACAAGGCUGCGUAAAAAAUAUAAAGUUGGAGUCUUAUAUUGUGCACCUAAUCAAACAUCAGAAGAAGAAUGGUUUUCAAAUACUACCACAUCAAAAUAUUUUGAUAAUUUUCUUUCAAUAUUGGGUACAAAAGUUAGACUGCUUGGGUUUGAAGGCUUUGGAGGUGGGUUGGAUACACGUACAGACGGAACUGGGGAAUAUUCACUUUACGAUAAUGGUACAUGGAAAGAUUUUGAAAUAAUGUAUCAUGUUAGCACAAUGUUGCCAUAUGACAAAGUUGAUAGACAUCAAAUAGUUAGAAAAAGACAUAUUGGGAAUGAUAUUUCGUGUAUUAUAUUUCAAGAUACUUAUAGACCAUUUUCCCCUGUGUCUAUAAGAUCGAAAUUUUUACAUGUAUUUGUAAUAGUGAGUCCGGUUCAAUUAGAGAACGGCAAAGUGGGUCACAGGGUUGAAAUAGUUUCUAAAGAUUCAGUUCCAUAUUUUGGGCCACCUUUACCUGAUCCACCAAUAUUUGAUGAUACUUUACGAUUAAAAAAAUUUUUAAUUGCUGCUGUGAUUAAUGGACAAAAUGCAGCCUGGAAAACUGCACAAUUGGCAGAACCAUUUUUGAGAGCCAGACGUGGUAUAAUAGAAAACAUAACAAAUAGAUUAGUGCCAAACCCAAAAAAUCGCAUUGACAAUAAUGAAAGUAAAACAUCGGCAGAAAAUGUACAUAAAAAGCCUACACAAGAAGAAUUAGAUCACGCGUUAAGACGUCUCUUUGUAGAACAAUUAAAGUUGGGCGGACCACCACCCGAUAUUGUACAAGUUCAAACACUUUUGAAACAAGGCGCCAACCCAAAUAUAAAAAUACCUCAACCUAAAUCAUCAAAACCAAAAUCAAAACCAUCAAAUCAACUCGAUUCUUCAAAUUAUCAUCGACAACAUCAUCAUAAUGCCUCAAAUUAUUCAAUUUUUCAUCUUUCAUCAAAUUCAAUAUCAUCACUAAAUUCUCAUAGCAGAUCAGUCUCUUCUUCCACCUAUUUAAUAUGUUCAGGGACAGAAACUAUGCCCAAGGAUACACAUUUUCCAAAUGCAUUUGUGUAUGCUGCGCGUCUUAAGCGUGUAGCAACCAUGACAUGUUUAUUGGAGAGCGUCCCCUCAUUAAGUGAUCCUGAAUCAGUUGAUGCUGCUAUAAACGAAAGGAUCAUCGAACCAUCAACUAAACCUUUUUAUGGAAUAUGGUAUGGUUUAACGGGCGAAGUUAAAAAAUUAAGAGAACAAAUCACAGGAAGAUAA